GGGGCAGCGCAGGCUGUGCCCCCCGCCCCGCUCUAAUCCCGCUCCUCCGUGUGCGCUGGGGGGUGGGGGGGACGCGGCUCAGCCUCCAGGCCUGGGCGGGGUUCUUGCCGCUUCAGCUUUUCUUUUCUCUUCCCUUCGCCGCUUUCCUCUCUCCCUCCCUCUCCCUCCCCCCUUCUCCAUCUCCCAGGCCCAGUGAGGUCAGCUCAUGAAUAUCUCAUUUUGCUGAGAGAACCUCGUGUGCGCUGCCUGUGCCCCCCCCGCCGCAUGCAUUCGGCCAGCCCGGAGCAGACAGGGUGGUGCUCCCGGGGCGGCGGCGGCGGCGGAGGAGGAGGCCGCCGGUGAUGGACGUGUCUGGCAGAUAGCGCCGCCAUGAGCCAGCCGCCGGCAGGGGGCGCCGCCGCGGAGCCUCGCCUGCACCCCGAGGGCAGCAGCGGCCGGAAGCCGCCGCCGCGCGCCUCCUCCCCGGCCCGCGCCCGCGACGCCGCCCCGCGCCCGCCGCCCGCCAGCGCCUCCCGCGCCCCGGCCGCUGCCGCCGCCGCCGCCAAGGCCGCCUCGACGCGCCCGCCGCCGGGCCAGGUCCCCAGAGCCGCCCGCGGCCGCGCCGCUGACAAGGCACCGCGCGGCGUGGGGCCUGCGGGAGCUGUCCAGCCCGGCGCCGGUGCUGAACCGCCGCCCGCCGCCGGUGGAAAAGCCGCUGCCGAGGAGUCGCCGCCGCUGCGCGCCGCCGAGCCCGCCGAGGAGGCGCCCCCUGCAGGAGGCGGCGGCGGCGGGGGGGAGCGGGAGGGGGCGGGGGCGCCGCAGCCGCCGCCGCCCAAGCAGUGGCGGGGGAAAGCGGGGCGGUCUCCGCUGAAGGGCGCGGGGGAGGCGGCCCCGGCGCCUCCAUCUUCCUCGGGCGCAGGGAAGGGCCGCGGGGCGGCGGGCGGCGGUGGGUACUGGAAGGAGGGAUGCCUGCAGAGUGAGCUCAUCCAGUUCCACCUCAGAAAGGGGUUGGCGGCGGCAGCCCAAAUGCAAACCAAGGGCAGCAACCACAGCAGCAGCGGCAGCGCUUCCUCCGCCGCCUCCUCCUCCUCCGCGGCCGCCGCCCCGGUCGAGCCUCCCCCGACCGCCUCCGCCUCCUCGCCCUCUGCCAUGGCGGCCGCCGGGGCGGAGGGGCUGCGGCAGGAGGAGGCGGGCGGCGGCGGCAGGAGUGGCACCCCCGAGGGCUCCCUGAGCCCGCAGCUGCAGGAGGAGAUGCAGGAAGAGAUGGAGAAGCUGCGGGAGGAAAACGAGACCCUCAAGAAUGAGAUAGACGAGCUGAGGACGGAGAUGGACGAGAUGAGGGACAGUUUCUUCGAGGAGGACGCUUGCCAGCUCCAGGAGAUGCGGCACGAGCUGGAGCGAGCCAACAAGAACUGCCGGAUCCUCCAGUACCGGCUGCGCAAGGCCGAGCGCAAGAGGCUGCGCUACGCCCAGACCGGCGAGAUCGACGGCGAGCUCCUGCGCAGCAUGGAGCAGGACCUCAAGGUUGCAAAGGAUGUGUCGGUGAGGCUUCAUCAUGAGCUGGAGAACGUGGAAGAGAAACGUACCAUAACAGAAGAUGAAAAUGAGAAACUGAGGCAGCAGCUUAUAGAAGUUGAAAUUGCCAAGCAAGCACUGCAGAACGAGCUGGAGAAGAUGAAGGAGCAGUCACUGAAGAGAAGAGGGAGCAAAGACCUGCCAAAGUCAGAAAAAAAGUCACAGCAGACACCAACAGAGGAGGACAAUGAAGACCUGAAAUGCCAGCUACAGUUUGUCAAAGAAGAAGCAGCCUUGAUGAGGAAGAAGAUGGCUAAGAUAGAUAAAGAGAAAGACAGAUUUGAACACGAGCUGCAAAAGUACAGAUCCUUUUACGGGGAUUUGGACAGCCCCUUGCCAAAAGGAGAAGCAGGUGGGCCACCUACCACAAGAGAAGCUGAGCUCAAGCUUCGGUUGAGGCUUGUAGAGGAGGAAGCUAACAUCCUGGGGAGAAAAAUAGUGGAACUAGAAGUAGAAAACAGAGGGCUGAAAGCGGAGCUUGACGAUCUCAGAGGAGACGAUUUCUCAGGGACCGCGAACCCCCUCCUGGGAGAGCAGAGCGAGUCCCUGUCAGAGUUGCGGCAGCACUUGCAGCUGGUGGAAGACGAGACCGAGCUGCUGAGGAGGAACGUGGCCGACUUGGAGGAGCAAAACAAGCGCAUCACGGCCGAGCUGAACAAGUACAAGUACAAGUCCGGGGCCCACGAGAGCUCCAGGCACCACGACAGCGCCAAGACGGAGGCGCUGCAGGAGGAGCUCAAAGCCGCGCGCAUGCAGAUCAACGAGCUGAGCGGCAAGGUCAUGCAGCUCCAGUACGAGAACAGGGUCCUGAUGUCCAACAUGCAGCGCUACGACUUGGCCUCUCACCUGGGCAUCCGGGGCAGCCCCCGGGACAGCGACGCCGAAAGCGACGCGGGCAAGAAAGAGAGCGACGACGACUCGCGCCCCCCGCACCGCAAGAGGGAGGGCCCCAUCGGAGGGGAGAGCGACUCCGAGGAGGUACGCAACAUCCGCUGCCUGACACCCACCAGGUCCUUUUACCCCACCCCGGCGGGGUGGCAGAAAAGCUUCACUGACAGGCAGCAGAUGAAGGACAUUCGCUCCGAGGCCGAGCGGCUGGGCAAGACAAUAGAUCGCUUAAUUGCUGACACGAGCACCAUCAUAACAGAGGCCAGAAUUUAUGUAGCUAAUGGGGACCUCUUUGGACUGAUGGAUGAGGAAGAUGAUGGCAGCAGGAUACGCGAGCAUGAGCUUCUUUACAGGAUCAACGCCCAGAUGAAGGCCUUCAGGAAAGAGCUCCAGGCUUUCAUCGACAGACUGGAAGUCCCAAAGUCUUCGGAUGACCGCAGCACAGACGAACCUUUGUCAGUGAGUCAGAUGUUCCAGCCUAUCAUUUUACUUAUCCUCAUCCUUGUAUUAUUUUCAUCCCUUUCAUACACAACAAUAUUUAAACUUGUCUUCCUUUUUACACUGUUUUUUGUACUGUAAGCCAUUCAUCAUUUACUGUUCAUUGUAGUAUUAUUUUCAGUUUGUUUAUUUUGUCCACCCUCCAAGAUAAGAAGUGCAAGAGACAUAGUUUCUGUCAUAGACACUGCUGUAAAAACACUGAAGACUACUUGUUUACCAAAACCAACCCAAAAAACCCCAAACCGACCUGCAAGAAGAAAACCACCCCAAAAGUCACCCAGCUGAACAGGACACCUGCUCACCACGGUGUUCCAGAUCAAGAUUCACAGGACUGGAUCCCAGCUAGCUAUGCAUUUCAUUGCUGCUGCUGCUGCUGCUGCUGCUUAGAAACGGACUGAAAAACUUCGGGAGGGUUUCUUACUCCGUGCAAGGAAACAUCCAGGGCAGAAAGGAAGCAAGCAGAGCUGUCUUCUUGCUGUUGCACAGACUGUGACCAUGGACCUGCGUCAGCAACUGGAGAGCACCGAGAGGAACUGGAAUAGAGAG